CGACUCCACUCUCACCGAUUUACUGAGGCAUCGACAAGAAGUGUGAUUGGCAAGCGCGUCGGUCGCUCAGUCACGUUACGUGAGGAUGAUCCGCUUGAAGUCGCGCCGUUCUCUUGGACGAUGCGAGUGAGAGCCGUGAAUCAAGAGCGAUAUAUCGUGUACACCAAGAAGGACUCCUCAUUGGAAGUGAUAAUGCCAGAGCGGAAGGAUUCAUCGGAAGGACGAGAAGCAAACAGGAGCGGCUUUGUUGUUGCCAAGUUGCUUUCACCAUCGAUCACGAGAGAAGAACAGCUUGAUGCAAUCGCUGAGGGGUCUGCUACUGACUAUGUCGACGACGAGGACUAUGCAAACUUCUCUACGGCAAGUACACCACAAUUAGCCGUCGAUGAGGGGGACUACGCAAACUUUUCGAUGGCAGUCGCCUCAGAAGCCUCAACUAUUACCCCAGAAGAAGCUCAGGACAUGAUCAUGGCUGAAGUAUUGGACACAUCUGGAAGAGUAGGACCAAUGUUUAACGUCCACGAGGAGAUGAUCUUCCGACCACCACAAGCACUUCCACAUCCGGACGUGGAGCAUGGCCGUAUUGACACCGAGUUGCUUGAAAAGGAGAUGAUGAUCAAAACACCGAAUGUGGACCUUGAGGAACUUCGUAAAAAGCUGCAGGACAGUUGGCAUUUGGAGGAGAUGAAAGGCGAUAGCCAUAGAGAUUACGGCAGCAGUUACAUUCUGCCGGUUCUGCUCAGCGUUGAAUAUGACAACAACACGGUGCCUACGGCUUUUGCAGAUAUUCCGGUCCUGGUGUCCGUCCAGAUGAAUAUUCUAUAUUUGGCAAACUUUGACAGUGAACUCAUGGAAUACUCAAUCGAUGUCGAAUUGGAAAUGAGUUGGUAUGAUCUAAGAUUAAUGAACAACUACACGAAACCGAUACGAAUACGUGAGAAACAGGUGUUGGAUCUGAUCUGGAAGCCAGAUCCGUACUUUGUCAACUCAAAGUUUUCUCAGUUCCAUCAGGUCUCAUUCCCGAAUUUUCGCAUGCGAGUGUUCCCAGAUGGACUCGUCAAAUAUACUGUCAGGGUCACCUCAGUAUGCAAUUGUUUUAUGCUGUUCUGCCUUUACCCUCAUGAUCGUUCAAGCAUUGGACCUUCCAAUCAGUUAGCAGUCCGUUCCUCAUGCCUCCGUCUGGUCUUUGAACUAGAGCGUGAUGGCGGACGAUUUGUGGUCGAGAAGUACAUCCCGAGCACGUUGGCGAUGAUGUUUGCAUGGGUUGCGCCUUACGUACCGUACAAUUACGAAGACGUCCGGAUUAUCACUCCGAUUACGAUGGAGAAGGGGGACAAGGAGAUCAGAACGUCCUAUCUGACGUCUAUGGACGUUUGGUUUGCAGCGAUGAAGGUGUUCACCGCGUUGUCGCUCGUCGAGAGCCUCGUCGUGCUGUCGUUGAUCAAAAGGAGUCGAGCAGUGGGAAGAAGCAUCCUCCGAGCACCGAACGAGCUUCAAAGGGCCAACCUUCAUGCGGAACAGGCCCGUCUUACCCGGCUCUAUCACCACUUGGACAGUAUGUGUCGAUUCCUCUCGCCGACAGUUUUCGUGCUCUUCUUUAUCUAUUAUGUGCUAUUCGUAGCUCAGGGAGACGAUCGAGGUUGUGUUGCCAAGUGA